UAACCCGGAUAAGCGUUUAAACUCUGCACAAGUUUUCUUGUCUAGCUAGAUAUUUUCGGUAUAUAAGAACACAAGAUGGCAUCAGAAGACGCACAAGACUUCAACAAGUUUCUUACCGAAGUAAAAUACAUUGAGAAACGCGAUUCUGUUUUGACUAACAAGCAACAGAUCGACAGAAUUCUUCGUCCUGGCUCCAAGUUCUUCAACAUGAAUCCGUUUGAUGUGCUUCAACUUCCUUUGACUGCAACUCCAACAGAAAUCAAGAAACAAUACAGAAAGUUGUCUUUCUUGGUCCAUCCUGAUAAGAAUGCAGAAGAUUUAGACAGAGCUCAAAAUGCAUUUGAUGCUGUUGUAAAUGCCUACAGAACUCUCGAAGAUAAAGUAGAAAGGGAAAAAGUCAUGCAAGUCAUUGAAGGUGCGAAAGAGUUGGCAGAACAAAAGUUGAAAGAAAAACGGAAGCAAGCAAAGAAAGAACGAAAGGACAGCAUUGAAGAGGAUGACCCAGAGAAGUAUGAGCACUUUCUGAAAUGUAUGAUCGCAAAGCUGUUUGCCGAUAUGGAGAUGAAGAAGAAACACCUAGAAAAGCGGGAGUUUGAAGAACGCAAACGAAAACAAGAAGAAGAAGAGGCAGAGGACGCCAAGAAGAAAAAAGAAGAGGAAUGGAAGAAGCAGUGGGAGGAGAGUAGAACGGACCGAGUGGACACGUGGCGGAAUUUCCAGUCCGGUGGUAAGAAAAAGAAGAAAAUCAAAGGUUUUAACACAAUGAGGCCUCCUGGCCUCAAACCAGAGAAAAGGGAGUAGCAGUUGACACGAUUCACUUUGAUUUACUCUACAGUCAUUGCACAAAAAUUCAUCAGGAGUCUAAUUUUUAGUAUCAUACUGUAAUUUCGACUUGUGGUGACAAGUUAACUAUAAGAACUGCUGAAUAGCAUAGUGUAUAAGUAUUUACGCAUUUGUCUA